CCCGCGAAAGCUCGGUUCCAGGAUACUGAGUUCACCUCAGAUGUUACAGACGAACCACAGAUAAUCAUGGAUAAAAUAACAGAGAAGCUUCUGCUGGAGAAAGGCUCUCCAAGAACCACCAAACUGGAGCAGAUCAAGACCCUGAACCUCUCUAAGCUGGCUCUGAAGCUGGAGGAUCUCCCAGUGAAGCUGCUCUCCCGGCUCCGGGCCCUGGAGCGCUGGGACCUCUCUGGGAACCGACUGGAGGAAUUCCCCCGGAGCCUGGAGCUUCCUGCGCUCAAACACCUGGACCUGAGCAACAACCAGCUGGAGAACGUGACGUCUCUGGAGGCUGUGAGCAACCUGGAGGAGCUGAAGCUGGAGGACAACCUCUACAUCACCGUGAGUGACAACCACAAGCUGAUGGUGUUGCUGCCCAAACUCAGGAUGUAUAAUGGGAAAGACAUCACGUCCUCCGCCAACUACCUGCGCUUCGUCUACAGGGAGAACCUCCAGAACCGGAUAAGUGCAAUUUGGGAGAAGCACUUCCGUCUCCCGGAUCCCGUCACGGCGGAGAAGCUGUCGUCUCUGAGGAAGGAGUUUGUGAACACAGCCUGUCAGCAGGUCCGGUUCGGACCCAGCUCCAUCAGCGACUUCACCAAGUGGAGGGUGGAGAUCAUGGCGAAGGAGUAUCUGAUCUCACUGACUGAACCGAAGAAGGAACCGGAGAUUAAAAAGUCCCCUGAACCUAAAGAGACUCAAGUUGUCUCCACACCCACUAAGAGGAAAGAGCCCCCAUCCUCAGACUCUGAGAGACUCAGUUUGAUGCCUCGUAAGAAACUGCGUAACUCAGAUCUCCCAGAAUCCCCGGCUGAAAGCAGUCCUCGUAAACCCAACCGCAAACUGCAGAUGCUAAUGGAGAGCAGCAGCAGCAGUGUGAGGAUAAGCCCCCGCAAUAUGAACCAGCCUCCUCUCAACCUCACCCCCCUCAGAGGAGCAGGGACCCCCCGCAGAGCAGCUAAAGUCCAGCUGCGCAGAGAGGAGGAAGAAAAGGAGGAGAAGAAGAAGAAGAAGGUGCUGCAGAAAGAGACAGAUGUGAUGUCAUCAUUAAAGAUCUGCAGAAACACACUGCCGGUGUCCCUGAAGCCUCUCCAUGUCCUUCAGUGUCACAGUAAGCAGGACAGCCAGGAGGAUUUCUCCACCCAGCUGUGGGCCUGUGCCUUCCAGCCGCAGACAGAAACAGGCUCUGGAGGUCGUCUGGUGGCGACGUGUGGAGGAGACUCUCUCUGUGUGAUCGACUGUGAGACCGGGAUGGUGAUGAAGAAGUACAAAGUCUCUGGAGAGGAGUUCUUCUCCCUGGCCUGGUCCACGGUGCUGAUGACCCGUGGUGCGGGGGUCUCCUCCUCGGCUCAGCCCUGCAGCAUCCUGGCAGCGGGGGGGAAGCGGGGGCAGGUGAAGCUGAUCCACCCCAGAAACAACGUGGCGUUCGGGGAGUUCAGAGCCAGCAGGAAGGCGCUGUCCGUGCUGCGCUUCAACCAGAGGCAGGGCAACUUCCUGUUCACGGGGUCGUAUGAUAACAAGAUCGUGAUGUGGGACAUCGGGGGAGUGGACAGCCAGUACAACUACAAAGUGAUUCAGCUGUUAAUGCUGGAUGUCAGCUCCCCCCCACUGCACAUCUGCCUCCCCCCGUCCUCCCCCUCCUCCCAGCUGCUGACGGCCUGUGAGGACGGACUGCACUUCUACAACACCCAGCUGGGGACCAACAGCUCCAACAAGAGUCGGUCAAAAGAGAUGGAGAUCACGUUCCCUGUUUAUAAGAAAGAGGACAAAGAUCACGAUUAUCACACCAUCGACGGACUCAGCUUCCUCACCGACGACAUCGUGGCCUCUAAGAACUUCAUGCACGGCAGCAUCUACCUAUGGAGUUGGAGCCGGACGAUGGCCCAGCGUCCCGAUAAGAAGAACAGCAGCGUCAGCGCCGUGGUUCUGACCGAGCUGCAGUGGACCAACACCGAGAUCCCGUACCUGGCUCUGAACACCUGUCCGGGACGAGGCUACAUCGUGUGUGGGGAUGAUAAAGGCAGGCUGUGGACGUACCACAUCACAGACCUGCAGAAAAACAGCUUCCAGAGCGGGAAACCCAUCCAACCCACACAGGUUUUGGAUUGGCCCGCCCCGGUGAGGAAGGGCUUCGGGGGCGUGGAGGGUCCCUCCAUCAACAGCGUAGCGAUGGACCCCGAGCUCCAGUACCUGGUGGCCCUCAGCGACAAAAACAUGGUGAUUGUGUGGAAGAGAGAGGAGGCCUGCUGAGGAGAUCCAAAGGGUCUAUCUGUAAAGACGGUGUUUACCACAUGUUGGUAUUUGUGAGGUGGUUGUUGUUUCUCAUCAGAACAACAUGACAACAAGUCCGUCGAAGAUGUUUCUCCAUCAUUUGUUUGGGGAAUAUUACCUUUAUGUUGAAGCCACAGGGAGGUCUGUCAGAGCUAUUGUCGGCCACUCAGAUUUAAGGACCUCAGACUGGUUUACAUUAAAGACGCUGCUGUUGUGAAUAGAUGCUAAGAGGGGAGACUUGUCAUUUGUCGCUAUGUGACACAUCAUUCUCUGUUACUGAACGUAAUGACUCUCAAAGGAUUCAACCUUUAAAGGCGCUGUUUGCACAAUAGCUUCAGCGUACCUACAAUUUUUAUUUUCAGAAACGAUGAUUCUGAAGUAACAGGCUGCUUCAAAAUGCAACACACUUAAGUAAACACGUUUUGGGCUUUAGGCAUGUGAUUUGACAUUUAGAUUUUAAGUGUACUCUGGUUUUAUUUGAGUUUUUGCUCAAGUCACACUGAGGUUGAAAGCCACUCGAGGAAUACUUUAGUCCAGGAACACAAACGGUAUAAAUCUAAUGCAAUCUAAAACUAUACAGCGAUUGAACAUGUGUCAGGAUUGAGUCCCAGCUUUUUGUUCAUUCAAAUCACAGAAUGCAUGUUUUGAUAAUUCACAUUAUUUUUAGUGCAUUUCAUUUUAGUUUUACUUAAUUUUCUUAAUGUACAUAUCUAGUGAGAAUCACUGUGUGUAAAUGAGCCGUUGCUGUGUUUCGAACCCUUACAGUUCUUCUACUGUAACUGUGCUUCUUUGGUAUUUCCAAAGUAUUUAGAUUUUUUAAUUAAAAAAACUCCAUUUCAAAAAUCUGGUUUCCGUCUCUUGUUUUUGUUCAGUUUUCGAAUUCAAGGUCAUAAAAAAAGGAUCACAUUUUUUAUUUAAUUUAAACAUUUUUCCUUGAUUGUCGAUACAUACACGUUUUCAAAAUGUGACCUAAAGUACAUGAAGUCAAAUUAAGCAUUCUCCAUAUUGGACUACUUCAGAAUGUCUAAGAUUAAAAGAUGUAUAUGUGGGUUUUUUUUGCAUACAAUUCUAAUUUAUUUGGAAGACAUUUGGGGUAUUUUCUUACUGUAUUGUGUACUUUAACAUUUAAUACAGCAUAUUGUUUUACUUGUACUUUCCACUGUAUUACUUGUACUUGUAACUGAGUAUUUAAACAGUGUGGCAUAAGUACUACUAAAGAAAGGCUCUGAAUACUCACACAGGUUUAGCACUUCUUCACCUGCAGUGCAGUGCAGGAGGAGGCGGGGCUAACACUGCAGUUAAGCCCCGCCUCUUCCCCGCUCUCAUUGGACACCACUUCAUGACGUAACACUACAGCUCACAUGUUUACAAGGUUUUCAGAUGUUGUUUUGAUGAAAAUA